AUGACUUUCGAGCAAGCACCUCCUUUCAAAAUUGAGUCCUGGUCUCCUCAGGAAUAUGAAACUCUUAUAACGAAGGCCAAACGCAACAUGAAAAAAACCUGGAGUGAUGCUGAGCAUGAUGUGUUGGUCCCAAUGUAUCCUGAGUUCAAGGUGGCAUGCAAGGAGCAGGAUCCUCAUUUUGACAAUGAUAAUGCAGAGAUCCUGAAGAACUGGAUCAUCUGGCGGAUGAGGAAACUGAAGGAAGAGCAUGCAGCCAUUUUCUCCGACUGCACUCUAGCUAUCUCUUCAGUGGAGAACAAUGCUGGUAGAGUCAGGCAGGCCAAGUCCAUGGUGAUCAACAAUGCUUCAGAGGAAGAGCUGAAAGCGUAUGAUGAGAAAGCAGCACAACACGAGAGCGACAAUCACAUUGUGUGGCCUGAGGCUUUGCAGAUCCUCAUGGAUACCUGGUCUCAGGGCCCAGUAGGAGUGGCACAAAUGACCUUAAUGCUGUCAUACAAAGAAAAAGGCAUUGUGAAACAGGCAAUCAUUGAUGGCAGCCAUUCAGACAACAUACCAGGCUUCUCUGUGACCUUGAAAAAGGAAGAACAGGCUGAGCUUCUGCAGAGGUUCUCAGCCUAUGCCAAACAUGUAUUACCAAAUGACCAGGCUCCAAUCAUUAAUGAUGCCCGACUGACAUUUGAAGAUCAUGGUCUGGAAUCACUGAAGCAGCAUCUUGUUGAUCUUUGGAAAUACACUCACCACUUGUCCAAUGAGUCACCAAUUUUUUUCUGGGAAGACAUGGCCAACAAUCCGGACACUUAUUUUGAUACUAAAAAAACCAAGGCAAAGAAAGGCUCUGCAGCAAAACCAAAGGCACACAGCAUUGAUAAAGCUGCAUCAGCAAAGGCUUAUGGAUUGCUUGCCACAAGGAGUGCUAAGCAUAAGAUUGAUCCCGCUGAAAUCAAAGCAUCAGACAGGCCACAGAAGAAGAUAAAGCUGACAAACACGUCGAAGAACAUGAAACAGAUGACAGUGGAGAAGCCGAAGACUGCCCUCAAGCCCAAAAAGUAUCAGAAAACCAAGCCAGCGAAGAAAGCAGGACACAAAGGGUGGGUACAUGUUCCUGAGUCUGAGGUUCCUGUGCUGCUCCUAGAUAGGUUGCAGCCAACCCAUGGUGAAAACUUGCCAAUGCAUCGCUGGAGACACCACUGGAGAUUGAAGGUCUGGAGAUGCGUGUCUGGAGACUCUGCUGGAGGUGCAAAGCUGGAGAUCCAAAAUCUGCAGAUGCAUAGCUGGAGUGACAUGACUGGAGAAACAUCGCUGGAGAUUGAUGGUCUGGAGAGGCAUAUCCUGGAGAUGUGA